AUGGGCGACCUAAGUUUAAAGACCAUUAAGUUCAUAAAUGCUCAGUUGUUGGGUCGCAAACGACCCACUAUCGAAGUAGUGGCCGAAGAUCAAACAGCACUGGAGAGUUCACCAGUAAGCAUGACAUUUUUGAGUACAGAGACCACAGAGGAGCGUGAACAGGUGCUAGCAGACUGCCAGGACCUCUAUGAAAGCUUAAAAAACACUGAAGUUACGCUGUUGAAGGAAUUUCAUAAGAAGUAUCUGGAUUAUCCGUUCAACAACGCGCUUCCAAAACAAAUGAAGGCAUUGGAUGCGUCCCAGCCGUGGAUUUUGUACUGGAUCGCAUGUUCACUGCGUCUGAUGGACAAGACGUGGCUGGGAGAGCCGGUGCAGCGUAAGAUAUACGCCAAGAUUUUCGCAGCAUCGCUGGAAAAGGGUCCUUUCUGUGGUGGAAUGGGCCAGGAUCCACAUUUAGUAUGUACUUACGCUGCAAUCAAUUCCUUGGCGCUCUGUGACAGCGUUGAUGACUGUUGGAGUCAAAUUAAUCGUCAAGCGAUCUACGACUGGCUUCUUUCAUUGAAAUGUAGUAAUAGUGGCUUCAAGACAGGCGUUGCAGUGGGCGAAUGCGACUCCAGAUCUACCUACUGUGCGCUCAGCGUUGCCAAAAUGCUGAAUAUUCUUACUACAGAGCUUUGUGAAGGUGUCGAGGGUUUUUUGCUAGGAUGUCAAACGUAUGAGGGCGGGUUUGGCGCAUGUCCUCAAGAAGACGAAGCACACGGAGGCUACACGUUCUGCGCUACAGCAGGAUUAUCCAUUCUCAACUCCUUGCACAAAUGUAACAUUCUCAGGCUCGCAGAGUGGUGCAGUGCCCGCCAAACGGCAGAAGAGAAGGGGUUUUCCGGUAGAAGCAACAAGCUGGUAGACGGCUGCUACAGCUAUUGGGUGGGCGCCGUAAACUCUCUUUUGGAGAUUCACGGCUAUGGGUCGUUCAUUGAUAAGGGUGCGCUACAAGAAUACAUAUUAAAGUGCUGCCAAUCUUCCGAGAGACCUGGUCUGCGAGACAAGCCGGGAAAAUCACCAGACUACUACCACACAACUUACGUGCUAAUGGGGUUUUCGCUUACAGAACAUUUGUUAGAAGUCACAAAGCAGACUGAACCCAUAAGUGUGAAAUCCACCACAAACGGCUUUCAAUUGGAACCCGUGAACCCUGUUUUCGGGCUUCCUGCUGAAGAUGUGACCAAGUUUAUUGAUUUUAUGUCGCAGCUGCCUCAAGUCUGCUAA